AUGCCACCUAGUGGCUCUAGUAUUUAUGUUGAGGUGUGGGUUAGGGUGUUUACAAGGAGUUGUUACCCAAGCAUUCAAAGGUUCGGGAUUAAGGUCCGAAAGAUAUUAGGCAGUAGUUCCCAAAGAUGCAAACAGGGCCCGGCCAGUGUCGCUCGGCUCCAGGUCGACGAAGAGAUCGAUCACGCAGAGGGAGGAGGUGACGAUGAGGACGAGACGUCGGACGAGGAGAAUGCUGGAGAGCAAGACAACGAGGCUCGGGAGAAGAUGCUGAAGCAGCUCAAAUUCCCAGACCUGGACGGUGACCACUCCCCUGCCACGCUGUGUUCGGAGAUUAUCAAGGCCAUCCAGAAGCGACUGGCUAAGUCGGCUCUGUUCGAGCAAAGGUUUGUUGAUAUCCCGGAACCGCUGCCACUGCAAAGGCAGACACUUUAUCUGCACUAG